AUGGCGGGAGCCUCCGACCCACUGGAGGACAUGCUCUUCAAUGAGGUAGAUGAGAAAGCAGUUAGCGACUUAGUUGGCUCUUUGGAAUCGCAACUUGGUAAUCAAAAGACUUCUGCUGCUUCAUAUUCCGAAGUAAAAAGAGAGGGACCUUCGGGCGCUGUCAGUCAGUUCUCAGGGAAACUACGCGAUCAAGUGGGGUCUCUAGAUCAGCCACAACAAGGGCAUCCAAAAGCGGGGUUAGACCAGGAACCUAGCGCUAAAGAGGCGCUCACCAACACUAUCCUCACCUCCUCUACCUCUUCUGUAGCUACCGGGGGCGUAAUAAACGCUGGAUCCAAUUUGGUAACACUUGGAACAUCUCCUACUAUUUCUCCCGUACCGGGAUCCGCAACUUUGUCCACUCAGUCUGCUGCUGCUAGCUUUAACAGGGCUACUGUUCUGGGUCCGGCAGGCACAGCAGUGGUGACUACUCCUAACCCAAACAUCAUCACCGCGGCAAACAUUAGGACUGCUUCGCCGGGAUUACAAAGUUUAAACGGGAACACUGGAGCUGUGAAGUUGGUGAACUCGCCCGCGAUCCCCCCUCCAGCCGGGGCCAACGCUGUUCUAAGUACUGUCAGCGCCGGGGGCUCCAGUAUUAUUGUUUCCGUGGCGUCGCAGCCCAACUUCUCCGUACCUCAGUCCUCGGUCGCGUCUCCAACCAUUACGUUGCAGAGGCACCCGAGCCCCGUGUCCAGCAUGUCACAGAACGGUGUCGACCCAAAGCUUUCCCCCGUCAUUACCCAUGGCGCAGCUUCCCCGGCAGCCACUUCAUCUCAGGUCAUGAACCACAGCAACCCUCUUGUGCACACCAAGAUGUUGGUAACGAACCAGCCCGUCUCCGGCAACUCCGUCAUCCUCGGCGGCAACCCUCCGCCUGCUGUCAACGCCACCAUCAGCCAGACUCAAAGUGUGACGAGCACCGCCGUCACGCCGACCACCGGCAUCAAACCAGCCGUCAAUGGAGUCGGUCAGCCCGCAGUGACGAUUGUCCGGCCGCCCGGCACAUCGGUGAUGGCUACAUCCAUCCAGCAGCAGAGACCUGGGUUGGUUACCAGCUCCACAAGGACCGCUGCUCCCCAGCUGGCUAUGAGACCCCAGCAGCAGACCACCAUUCAGCUGCCUCCUGGGUUUACCAUACCCCCAGGCAUGGUUCUGGUGCGGACAGAAACAGGCCAGCUGGUCAUGGUCCCACAACAGGUCCUGGCCCAGGCCCAGGCAAAGUCCCAACAGGGCCAGACGGUGGCCAACAUCUCCCCGAGACCUGGAACGCCGACGGCUGGUGCCACAAUCCGAGUUAGCACCCCCAGUUCGGCUCCUGGUGCGCCCCAGACUGUCCGCCUGGCCUCCCCAGGCCAGACCCGAAUCGUGCAGUCUCCCUCUCCCUCCGUCUCUACCGCACAGGCCAUCACCAUGGCCCCUGCAGGCGUAGCGGGGUCUGUUAAGAUGAGCACCCCUCAGAAGGCCCAGACGGUGAUAACGGCGGGGGGACAGGCCCUGGCCAAGCCGGCUGGCGUGCAGACCGCCCUCACCAUUAGCGGCGCAACGCCGACUCCUACAGCCACCGCCACACCUGCUGCCAGGGCCCCUGUGGUGUCCCAGGAGAUGCAGGAAAACGUGAAAAAAUGCAAGAACUUCCUGGCCACGCUGAUCAAGCUGGCAUCCCACAAUUCCCCUUCCCCAGAAACCUCCAAGAAUGUGAAAGCCCUUGUACAGGACCUGCUCGAUGCCAAGAUUGAGCCAGAAGAGUUUACUACUCGGCUACAGACUGAGCUGAAGUCCUCCCCACAGCCCUACCUCAUCCCCUUUCUCAAGAAAAGCCUCCCUGCCCUGCGCCAGUCCCUGCUCAACAGCCAGCAGUCUCUGAUGACCCAGACCCCCGGCACCUCAGCCCAAACCCCAGUUGCCCCCGGUGCUGUCACCACCACCACCAUCAGGGCAAGGAUGCCCACCAGCCCUGCCCCGGGAAUCCUUAGACCAACUGCAACACUAUCAAACGCAGCCACCUUGAGUGUGAGGAGACCAGGGGUCCAACCAGUCCAGACCCGCAUGCCCAUGGUCAUCACUCAGACCCAGACCAUCAGACCCCAAGGUACAGUUGUGAGGGCCCCCACAAUAGUAGCAGGCAAAACGCCUGUUAGCCUGGCAACCCAAGCCAACCAGAGGAAGCUGAGUGACCCAGGGGGCGGGACUUUUAGAGAUGACGACGACAUCAAUGAUGUGGCGUCUAUGGCCGGUGUCAACCUCAAUGAGGAGAAUGCCCGUAUCCUGGCAACCAGUUCGGAGCUAGUGGGCACGAAGAUCCGCUCCUGCAAGGAUGAAGCCUUCCUGCCCACGGGUCUGCUACACCGUCGCAUCCUGGACACCGCAAAGAAGUUGGGAGUGACUGAGGUUCCGUUGGAGGUGGUGAACUUCAUCUCCCAUGCCACUCAGUCCAGACUGCGCUCCCUGCUGGAGAAGGUGUCUGCCGUCGCUCAGCACCGAGUCGAUGGAGGAAAGGAUGAAGAGUUGUAUGAGCAGUCGUCAGACGUUCGAGCUCAGCUGCGAUUCUUUGAGCAGUUGGAGAGGAUGGAGAAGCAGAGGAAGGACGAGCAGGAGAGAGAGAUUCUGCUCAAAGCCGCCAAAAGUCGUGCACGGCAAGAGGAUCCUGAACAAGCCAGACUGAAACAGAAGGCAAAAGAGAUGCAGCAGCAGGAGCAGGCUCAGAUCCGCCAGCGAGACGCGAACCUUACUGCCCUCGCCGCCAUUGGGCCCCGCAAGAAGCGAAAGCUGGACUCUCCAGGGGCCACCACAGGAGGCACAGAGGUUGCUUCAGGCUCUGGAGCAGGCUCAUCCACGGUCACCUCCUCCCGUCAGCAGCUCCGCCAACGUAUCACUCGGGUCAACCUCAGGGACUUCAUCUUCUGUCUGGAGCAGGAGAGGACCACGUCCAGGUCCUUGCUGCUCUACAAGGCACUAUUGAAAUAAGGUGUCCCACAAGGAAGCGUACUCGGCCCUCUGCAGAUCACAGAAGGAGUUUCCCUCUGACACCUCCUGCCGCUACCCUACCCCACAACCAUCUCUGCAUAGAUAUUUCAUACACACCAAUUAUUUAGACUUAUGUCUCCCAACCUCCAUGCCUAAAACCCAACCUCACAAAAUGUAGCCUUUGGUUUGACCCGCAACUCUUUCAGCUGUCCCCCUUAUUGUAGUUUUAGCUGCUUCUACACUCUUACAAAGUAUGUGUCGGUUCCAG